GUUGGUAAAAAAGAAAUUGGAAACUCGGAAAGAGAUCAACAAUAGCAAGUAUAAUCUAGGAUUUGAAACUGGACAACAUCCUUCUAGAUGCAGAAGGUCACUGCAAGCUGGCUGAUUUUGGGAUGUGCAAGGAAGGGAUUCUGAAUGGCGUGACAACCACCACAUUCUGUGGGACUCCAGACUACAUAGCUCCCGAGAUCUUACAGGAGUUGGAGUAUGGCCCUUCAGUGGACUGGUGGGCCCUGGGGGUGCUAAUGUACGAGAUGAUGGCUGGGCAGCCCCCCUUCGAGGCCGACAAUGAGGAUGACCUAUUUGAGUCCAUCCUCCAUGACGACGUGCUCUACCCUGUCUGGCUCAGCAAGGAGGCUGUCAGCAUCUUGAAAGCUUUCAUGACCAAGAACCCCCACAAGCGCCUGGGCUGUGUGGCUGCGCAGAACGGUGAGGACGCCAUCAAGCAGCACCCGUUUUUCAAGGAAAUCGACUGGGUGCUCUUGGAGCAGAAGAAGAUCAAGCCCCCCUUCAAACCAAGAAUUAAAACCAAAAGAGACGUCAAUAACUUUGACCAAGACUUUACCCGGGAAGAGCCAGUACUCACGCUUGUGGAUGAAGCAAUUGUGAAGCAGAUCAACCAGGAGGAAUUCAAGGGCUUCUCCUACUUUGGCGAAGACCUGAUGCCCUGAGAAGCCACUCCAGGUGGAGUUGGCUGAUGCUGCAAGGAGGGUGCUGAGAAGAUCCUGUGUUACAGAGGCUCAGAAGGUCUCAAACUUCUCCUCCCCUGCCCCCAGAAACCCAGUCCCAUGUCCACUUUCUAUUUAUUACAUUCCCCCACCUUAGGCCACCUCCUCCCUCAUCCUCCUGGUGACCAGAGGGCACUCUCAGGUCUUGCCUCACCAGGAAUACAGACUCAAGUUGGUCAGCAGGUAGCUGUUCACACUGCCGUGUUUGGACUGUCCGUCCACAAGCCUGGUUCCAUUCCUGGGGCUCCUGGCCUUGAAGUGACUUUAGUUCUUUUACCACAAAGAAAAAAAAUCCAACAAGAAGACUCUGGCUCUGCCAUUGGAUGUAGAAUCCUGACACCUGUUGCUUCUCAUCCUUCCUGUCCCCUGGGCUACCAUCCCUGCCCUUCUGCCCAGAAGAGACUGGUGCUUCUUCCACAUGAGGGCAGGUGCCUGGAGGCGUGCCCUUGAUGGAGGGAGCCUGAGAGGUGCACGAGCUGGCUCGCUGUGUCGGUUUGCUCAAGAAUGGCACAUUCUUGCUUCCUUUGGUUUUAGCUUUUGAGCAUGCCAAAGUUAUAUAAUUUUGCAUCUCAUGAACGAAAUCAUUCUUUGUGGAAAAAAUAAUUUUGAUUUUGAACUCUAUUAACAUUUGAAAAAAUGUUACCAGAUUUGCUUUCUAAUUGACCAAACAAUAGAAGUUCCACUAUGAAUACAGGUAGAUAUUAAAGGGCUAAUAUACAGUGAGAAUACAGUCUUUCAGGGUUUAUGUUGACAAAGCUUUAGUGACACAAGGGCACUAUAUGAAUUGAGAGGAAAGGAAGCAACUAGUGCUCCUCAUUGUUAAGGCCACAGCCAUGGCCGACAUCCUGGGGUGGUAGCAAAACUCAGCUCCUAAAUUCUUUUUCCAGUUUCGUCCUAAGUCCCCAGAAUAAAUGCUAUUUAUUUUCUACAGCAGUGUGUUAUUUUUGCACACUUCUACAAAAUUGUAGUACUACUGUGAUGUGGUUUUAAAACAUUAAACAUGUAAAGUUAAUGAUGAAACAUCUACUUUUGGAACAAGAGGAAUGAAACUCAACAUGGGUCAGGCAGAAGGUGCCAGGAAAAUGAAGAACCACCAGUUUGAGAACUGACAAUGUAGCAAGAUGUGCCUGGAGUUUUGUUUCUGCGUGACAUGUGACUAGCAACUCAUGUGGACACCAUUUAAUGGACAUAAUAUUACCUCCUGUAGAUAUGCUAACAGUGUUACACUCUGAUUUUCAAGGAUUCUCUGUGGCUUUGUGUAUAUGUUUCCCGGAGGUCAUUUGAUUACCUAUUUUAUUAAACUGAUUUAGCAGGAAUGGAAUCCAUUCCAACCGUUGCACGUGAAUUUCCCAGCUGCCCCUAAAUAUAUAUACUUGUGAGUGGCAAAGUGGCACUAAUGAAGCUUUUUGCCUUUUGUACAUUUGAGAUUUUUGUAUAUAGUGUUUGCUGCAAGGCCUGUGGAAUUAAUUCAUUGAAUAUAGAGGUAUCAACUGCUGCAUGUUCAGGCAUAUUAUAAAACUUUAGUCUAUGAAAGAAUAAUUAUAAUAAUGUCCAGGUGCAAUACUCUCUAAGUGUAUUGGUUCAAGUUACCGAGAGAUAGGUGUGUUCCUUCCUUUGAGGGGUUUGGAGCCCUUUAUAUUGUUUCAUUUUGGCUUAAAAGAUGUAAACAUAUAUUAAUCUAGGUUGAAUCUCACAUAAUUUCUCCUGUGCUCUAUUAUGCCCUGAUAGAAAUGGGGGAAAGAAAGGAAUGUUCUCAAUGGUGGUUUCAAAACUUGGACAGUGACUAUUUUGAGCCCAUAGAAAGUGUGUUCCUAUUUGCAUCAGACUGGUCACAGCUCUUAUUACUAAUGAGAUAUUCAGUUCUCUUUUGCUUUUAUUUUUUUUAAAACUCAGGUGUAACUAUGAUCUGUUCUUAUGAUGAUUGCAAAUAUUAAAUAUUAUGCUGUAUCAGUCCGUGUAUUGGCAUACCAGUGAAGUGAUGAAGAACAUUAAUUUAUCUUCGGUAACUUGGCAUACUGGGGGCAGACUAUCUUCUGGAGUGGAGUACAAGCACAGCAACAUCUUCAUGGUGGCAUCAUCUCAUUUUUUAGGAAGACAUGACAAAUACGCCCAUCAUACUCAUGCAUAACUACUGCUUUCUCUCUUUUUCAUCUGCUUCCUUCACCAUUAUGAACUUUGGACAACUGAGCCAGCUCCAACUGCAGUGCCAAGUAGCCUUGUCCCAGGGCUUAGUGGUGUUCACAUGGUGGCAGGGGUUAGACCCUUCCUCCAGGACAACUGGCACUUUUGCUGGGAAGUUAAACAAUACAUUCCACCUGCAGCUCUAGGCACUCAGCCAGACUGGCUCCCUUUUGCACCCAAAGCCCAACUGGCCGGGAUGUCACCGGCUGAUGAAGUUCUCAUAUAGGCAGAUAUAAAUCCAGUGGAGACCUACAGAAAAAGGCUUGUGUGUUCCUUGGGUGUUCAUUGUUUCUUUUCAUUUUCAACAGAUUUGGGGCACAGGGAUGCGACUCAGUGGUAUAGUACUUGCGCAGCAUGUGCGAGGCCCUAGGUCUGUGUUCCUAGUAUCACAAAAAAAAGUUUGAAACUAGACACACUGUUAUGUUUCUGCAGUUCUUUAUAAUCCUCCCAGCUCUCUCUCUCUCUCUCUCCCCGCCCCUUCUCUCUUUUAAAGAAAAAAAUGAAGUGCAAAAAAAUGCCAAAAAAUAUAUGAAGGAUAGCUGUUCUCCUGUGUUAUAAUUAAGGACUUUGUGAAGUGGAAACAUAAUUUUUCCUCCAAAGGUGAUAAAACAAUGCAUUCUUGCUUUAAAAAAAAUAAAAGAAGGCUAAAAAAUUACCUCUUUUUAAAUUAUGUGCAAAAUAAU